AUGGCGGAGGGCGGCGGCGGCGGCGGGGGCCCGCGGAGGAAGGCGCUGUCGCUGCUGGAGGCCGCCCGCUCGCGCUACGAGAGCCUGCAGAUCUCGGACGACGUGUUCGGCGAGUCGGGCCAGGACAGCAGCGGGAACCCCUUCUACAGCACCUCUGCCGACUCGCGCUCCUCCUCGGCCGCCUCCUCGGACGACGACGAUGAGCAGACCAGCUCGUCGCUGUCCUCGGCCGCCGCCGCCGCUCCGCCGCAGCCCCGGGCCCGAGAGGCGGCGGCCGGCGGGGGACAGCGGCUGCAGAGCCGCCCAGUCCCGGGCCCAGCGGCGGAGGAGCUGGAGGAAGACGAGGACCGCGGGGACUGGAGCCAGACGCUGCGCGACACCCCUCCCCCGCGCUUCGAGGAGACCUGCGGUCCAACGCGGAAGAUGCCCCCCAGCGCCAGUGCCAUGGACUUCUUCCAGCUCUUUGUCCCAGACAACGUCCUCAAGAACAUGGUGGUGCAGACCAACAUGUACGCCAAGAAGUACCAGGAGCGGUUCGGGAGCGACGCGGCCUGGGUGGAAGUGACCCUGACGGAGAUGAAGGCCUUCCUGGGCUACGUGAUCUCCACUAGCACUUCCCACUGUGAGUCGGUCCUCAGCAUCUGGAGCAGCGGCUUCUACAGCAACCGGAGCAUUGCCCUGGUCAUGAGCCAGGCUCGCUUUGAGAAGAUCCUCAAGUACUUCCAUGUCGUGGCCUUCCGCUCCAGCCAGACCACGCACGGCCUCUACAAGAUCCAGCCCUUCCUGGACUCCUUGCAGCAUGGCUUUGACACUGCCUUCAGGCCUUCCCAAACCCAGGUGCUACAUGAACCCCUGAUCGAUGAGGACCCAGUGUUCAUCGCCACGUGCACGGAGCGGGAACUGCGGAAGAGGAAGAAGCGGAAAUUCAGCCUCUGGGUCAGGCAGUGUUCUUCCACUGGCUUCAUCAUCCAGGUUUACGUCCACUUGAAGGAAGGUGGAGGCCCAGAUGGGCUGGACGCUCUGAAGAAUAAGCCCCAGCUGCACAGCAUGGUGGCCAAAAGCCUGUGCCGGAAUGCAGCAGGCAAGAACUACAUCAUCUUCACGGGGCCCAGCAUCACCAGUCUGACCCUGUUUGAAGAGUUUGAAAAGCAAGAGAUUUACUGCUGUGGCCUGCUCAGCUCCAGAAAAAGUGACUGCACCGGCCUACCUCCGUCCAUGCUGACCAACGCGGCCACCCCCCAGGCCCGGGGGCAGUACCGAAUAAAGAUGAAGGGCAACAUGUCUCUGAUCUGCUGGUUCAACAAAGGGCACUUCCGCUUCUUGACCAAUGCCUACUCCCCGGUCCAGCAAGGAGUGAUCAUCAAGAGGAAGAGUGGAGAGAUCCCCUGCCCCUUGGCUGUGGAGGCAUUUGCAGCUCACCUUAGCUACAUCUGCAAAUACGAUGACAAAUACAGCAAGUAUUUCAUCUCUCAUAAACCAAACAAGACCUGGCAGCAGGUGUUCUGGUUCGCCGUCAGCAUCGCCAUCAAUAACGCAUACGUCCUCUACAAGAUGUCCGACGCCUACCAUAUGAAGAGGUACAGCCGGGCACAGUUUGGUGAGAGACUUGUCAAAGAGCUGCUGGGCUUGGAGGACACCUCGCCAUCCCACUGAUGCCUUGGGCUGAAGCCUGGGGUGUGGAUAAGGGACCAAGUCGAGGGAGGGGAAAGGAAGCUAGAGAGCCUGCUGCUCUGCCCUGCCCAGUCAGAGACCGGGAGACGCCCUGACGCGUGGCUGGCUGCUUGGGAGUGCUGCUGCAAGGCCUCUGGUGGGUUGGAGCAGGGGCUCAGAAGGAAGGAGUGGCUGCUUAUCCCAGUUUCCAUUUGAAGAAGAGCAUGUCCUCCGUGAGUCUCCACAAGAACUGGGCGCCCGCCCACCCAGACUCUCUAAAUACUGGUCAUUGCUACUGUCCAUCGUGUUUUGUUCAGCAGGGCGUAACGUCCUCACGACACCCGCUGGAGGCUGGUGAGGCAGCUCUGUUGCUCAGCAGAGGUGACUUGGGGGAUUUUGCAAGCAAAAGCACCAGGGAUAGGACGAGCUGCAACAUGUUCUGCCUGGUAAAGAUUUAAAGAGACCGUGUCACACGGUUCAGUUUCAUGUGUCCGGAGGUGAUGGGGAAGCAAGCAAAGUUUUGACCUUCACUUUUAGAAUUGUUCAGGUGUGUAUAGGAGGCCAGAGGGUUUUCCAACAUUUGCCAAAUGGCAAGCGGCUUAGAACAGAUCUCACAGAAGAGGAAAAUCAAAUUGGGUGCCAUUAAAAUGAAGUGAAGGAAUGGGUAGCGGUUGCCCAUUCUAAACUAAUAAUUGAGGCAUCCCUGCUCAUUUCAGAGUCUGUUUGGCUGCUGUGACCAGGCGGAAAGGGAAAACGCCACCAUAACUCUCAGUGACGCGUGAUGCUAUUUUUUUCUUAUUUUUAAAUAUAUCUUCAGGUUAUUUUCUUACUGUUGCUUCAGAUCUACUGUAAAGGAAAAUGUCCCCAUUUCUUUGCACCUCCCUCACCUCCUUUCCUCACCCCAGUCCUGGUUCCUUCCAUGAUCAUAAUCCUGUGACUGUACCCCAUGCAAGAAAGGAGCUUCUUUCCAGAAGAGAUGGCGUUGUCCUUUCAGUAAGGUCCGUGGGAAGCCUCGUGGGCCUCCAACUUUGUCACAGGCGUCAGCAUUGGCAGAAUUACUUGUUUUGAAAAAUAAGUAGCAUUGCUGAAACAGACCACAAAAUUUAUCUAGCGAUGACCAUUUGCUAGUUUUAUUUCCUUCUUGUGUAGCAACCCUGGCUCAAAUCUAACGAUGUGGCUGUCAUUUGGCAAUGACCCUAAAAUGGGAAAAGCCUAGCUUGGGUGUGAUUUGGCCUAGAGCCAGAGUGGUUUGUUUCGUGCCCUACCAAAAGGACUCUGGGAUAAUCAGCUGGCAAUAAGGGCUCCCGUUUAUUUACCAAGAGAUCUGGAGUUCUUUCUGAAUCAAGGCAUCUGUGUCUCCAUGGCAAGACCUGCUAGUCUGACUAUCCACCCCUCAGAAAAGAAACAAGUAAUUUCUGGUAUGACAUGAUCCCUCUUUAACCCAAUUUGAUGUAACCACUGCAUUUUUUUUUUACAAAUGCAAAAUCUAUUCCACUCAGGCUUUGGAACUUUUUUUCCUUAUUCACACUCAGUUAAUUGACAGUGUUGCUGGCGGCGUGCUCCUGUAAUCCAUUUUUCUGCAUUCUAAGUUUGGGAUGCUAACCUUUGCCCUUUGCUUUUAAUUCAGUGCCAUGGAUUCUAGGCCAAAUUUCACAUUGUGUUUCGAAACACCCUCGCCGUGUCCUGUAAUUGGAUUGAAAGCACUUUUACCACAUGGAGAAAUAUAUUUUUAAUUUGUGAUGCUUUUCUACAAGGUCCACUAUUUCUGAGUUUAAUGUGUUUCCAACACUUACGGAGACUCUAAUGAAAGCUGAUGAAUUUUCUGUCCAGAUAAGUGAAAUAAAAAUAAAAGUCUAUUUAGCUGUU